GCUUCGUGUAAGUUGCUUUGUUUUUCCCAUCGAUACAAAAUAUCAUUCAUCAUUCCCCAGGUUCUUUACUUUAGGGGUAACCACCCAUGUUUCGCGUGUAGAUGAUUAUGAUAUUGUCGGUUGUAAUGGUGUCACAGUAACGUGAAUCUCCAAGAUUUACAUGUAAACGUACUUCAUUCCGAUUACGUAGUUCAGGGUCGGUGGUGAAUGUUCCUCAAGGGAAGUCUUACUUCGUGUUGUUGCUAGACAAUCUGUUUGUCACAUUUGAAGACCACUGGCUACAGACUCGCAAAUACAACUUGUUUAAAUUUAGAUUUAUUUGUUGAGCACUGUUGACCAAACAUUUUGCCCCAAUCUCCCUAUUUUGGGGUUUUCCCCAAAGCUUGGAGAAAUCCUCUAAACGGUCAGAAUUCUCCCCAAAAUUGAAAGAUUGGGACGUUAGUUUGUUUUUAUUAAGCUUCUACGAGUGUAAAUUCUCUUCAAUAAGUUGAUUAAAAAUAUGGACACUCCUUCAGUUAGUGGUCCCUAAAAAUUGGCAACCCAAUGGGAGGACCUGUGAUGCCGAGGGGAUAUCGUCUGUUCUCGUCUUCUCAAUCUUGUUUCCCAUGAGUUAUCCUGGCGUAGUUGUGGGAGGGGGGAGAUAUAGCAGGUCCAAGCUCAUUUAGUAUCCUGUACAUCAAAAUUAGUUCACCUCAAGUUUCUAAAAGACUUCUCAGGUCUGUAUGAUAAGCCUCAGUUCCGAAGUUUCCCAGAAAGCUGCCUACUACUUUGAACAAAGUUUGUGGCCUGAAUACAGUUUUUAGUUUGGACUUUAUAUGGUCUGUAUAUACCAUAUAUAACAUUUGUAUCCAACUUAGUAAAUGGUCAUGACACUCAUGUGGUUCCAAUCCCUCUAACCCUGGUUAGUAGUAAGCCGUAGUCUUUGGUCGUAACUCUCACCCAUAAUUCAUUGAGACAAGACUAGGGGCACUGACGCUUCACACAACCAACAUAAACAUGUCUGACGUGUCUAUAGACUUGAUGAUAUUGAUAGAUGUUGGCUACUUUUAGAACAGCUUAUCAGGGAGUCUAGACCGGUCUGGAGUGCGCCAUCGUCAUCUUCCGUCACUUUCUAGAUCUUUAGUUUGCCUGUGAAAAGUAGCAUCGACGAUUCACUCAUAUUGAUUUAAAAAACUGAAAGAUCUAAAAUGAUGCCUCGCGGUACUUCAUGAAGUAUUAAUUCCCUCAAGGAGCAUUUAGAAUCUUUUUUUGACAAUCAAAAAGUCUUUGAUCCACUUAAGCGCGGAUCCAAAAACUAAGCCACUCAGUUUCAAUAGGAACAUACUAUGUGGCACCCUAUCAAACGCUCAUCUGAAGUUUUCCAGUCAGUCAGUAACAACGUAAAACUUUGUACGUACGUACAUCAGUUCAACUUGCCGUACCACAUUAGCACAGAUGCAGUUGUCGAUUCAAAUCCUCUAGUUGUAGAGGUAGUAAAAUUAUAAGCAGUAAUCGGAAAGAUUAUGGCUUGAAGAUGUUAUUCAAGGAGUAUAAUCCAGUGAAAUAAAUUUGGAAGGAAAAAAAGUUCAUGAAGAAUUCAGAAGAUCAUAAUUUCGGAGAACAGAGUAGAUGCACCUGCUCACACCAUUGCAAACGAUUUUGAGCCAUGUCAUUCAAGGUCUCUAACCAUCGGUUGCUGUCGUCUCACGGAUCCCAACCAGGUAGUCUACACCUACCAGCAUGGCUCAGUCCAUUUGUGAGUGACUUCAUGGAUUUGUUUCCUGUUUUGGUCUGGUCGCCCCUAGCUUUCUUCCAAAAUACUCCACCAUGAAACAUCGCACGUCUUGGCAGUCGGUGGAUGGACAUACGUAAUACAUGACCCAGCCAUUUCAACUGAUGAAGUUCCAUUACUUCAUCAAUUGAUUUUCCAUCCUUACUUAGUACCCGUUUCCUAACAACUGUGUUACUUACUCGAUGGUCCCAGGAUAUACGAGCAAUGUGUUCGAAGCAACUAUGAUCAAAUACUAGUAACCUACGAAUAUUCUCUACUCUUACCGGCCAUGUUUCACUGCCAUAAAGUAGGAUGGAGUGAACUGCUUCGCAGUAAAGCGUCAUUUGUUUGGUAGACGAAUAUUUCGCCUACUCCAUAAAUGACGCAAGUUGGCAAAAGCUAGUCGAGCCUUCUGUACCGUGCUGAAAUUUCGUCACACAUCAGGCUACAAGAGCUGAUGAGACUCAAGAAAAGUGAAGCGGUCGACCCUCUCAACUACUUCAUUCCUUGUCAUUAGUUUAGAUGUCAAUGCAACCCAAUCCUGAAGCAACAUUUUUCAUUUUGAAGUUUUAACAAACAAUAUUAAUUGCAUGUGGGGCUAAUCCUAAGUUAAAAUUAGGAGCAUGUGUAAAGAUCAUCUCAAAAUAAUCAGCUAUGGCUUUUGCUUUAACAUUGUUUUCUAUCAUUCGCGAUGCACUUCCUUUCGUAAUUAGCUUAGGGUUCCAUGGGUGGGUUUUGUAAUAGACUUAUGCGAAUAAUCGUUUCGACUUCUUGGUUUCAGUUGACAUCAAUUGGUCUCUGUACUUCUAAAUAGCAUGGAUUGUACCGGUGCAUUUAUUCCUGGUCGAUUUGUACUAAGACUAGUAAACCUCAAAUCUGAAUUUGAAUGUAGGGCAGUGUAUCUAAGUGUAGUACUUUCCGUUAGUCUUUAAUUUACACUGAAUCAGUAAAAGCAAGCACUGCUCAGGCCUCGAUUUCAUAAUCACCUUGGGUGAUUAUAGUCCAUUUUGUUUAUUUUCCUUUAGAAAACGCAAGUUAUCCAGUGGGCAAGAUUCGACCAAUAAUUUAACCCCUUUUUGGUCCCAUGUUUGGAUUUCCCAUUGACGUGGUACAGUUUACUUCCAAUUGAGAGGUCAAAUAUUAAAGUCCAGCCCUUUGAGCGAAUAUAUAUACUGGUACAAGAGGGCACCAAAUACAUAUGCGCUACACUUUGUCAUCCUAUCUGUAUGAGGGCUGGAAUACUGCCCGUGUGCGCAAACCGAGACAUGUGGUUUCCCUAGAGGGUCACUCCUCGGGCCUUUGACCUAGAGGUCGAAUCCACAAGUCAACGGGACAACUUUAGCAGAUGCAGUCCCAUGAUAGCCGGUGGCCAACAAUAGGUUCAUACGCCUUUUGUUUCCCCAGGAUCCUGUAACCCAUGUGUAACACCUGGGUUUUCCAACUACCCUAGGUGAACCCUCAGUGUUCACCAACUAACGGAAAUUCCAAAAAUCAAAUCACAGACUUAAUGGUAGUUUUGUACAUCAUUCACAACUCAACAUCUUGUUUCGUAUUAAUUCCUUUGAAGUAUUCGGUAAUUACUCUAACCGGUUGCUCUAUGUCCCUUAAGUCACACUUUAUGAAUCAGUGACCCUACUUGGGUGCUAAACUGAAGUAUUUGUAAGUAGAGUCAUAGCCACUGCGCUACCCCUCUAGAUCUGGGCUGGGUAAAACAUGUAAUCGUUCUUGUUUCCACUUGGAAAUGUUUUCGUAGAUGUUUGUUCGUUUAUGCGUUGUUCAAAGCAUGAAAUUUCGAAAUUAAUGACUGAGUCAACCUGUAAAAAAUAGGUCGAAUGAUAAAAAUACGAAUUUUUUGAUCUCUAUUUUGUCUUGAAAAUCAAAUGAAGAGGCCGUUUUCCAGUGAAGAGUUCACGGACCGUUUCACCUUUUUAUCUAUACCUAUUCAUAUAGACAUGGUAAAGGACAAGUCAUAUUAAACAAUAAUCCAGUUUUGUCUAAUUUUUUUGUUCUGGAAAUCUCCUGGUUCCAGUGAUACAUUUUGAUUUACUCUUGUUGCAGAACAAAGAAUGUCUGUCAUCAUUCGACUCCAAAACCUACCAAUUUCAGCAAACGCCUCAAAUAUUCGACGCUUUUUCAGCGGGUUAUCCAUUCCUGAAGGGGGCGUGCACAUCGUCGGGGGCACGGAAGGUGACGCAUUUAUUGCCUUUGCUACAGAUGAAGAUGCAAGAAAAGCUAUGCUGCUCGAUCGACAAACGAUCAACGGGGCAUCUGUUCGCCUGUUUCUGAGCAGUAAAGCCGAAAUGCAGUCAAUAAUCGAAUCUGCAAAAACUUCAGUCUUAUUUUCUAGUGGAGGAAAUCCGGUUUUAUCUCAAUCUAUCUCUCAAAAGACUGAAACUAUGCAUGCACUAGAUGUGACAGCUCCUACACUGCCCAGUUCCUUCCCAUCGUACCGUAAUGGAGCCACUCGUGAAUCAUUUGAUGAUUCCUCCAAGCAGUAUCCUUACACCUAUAGCAAAGGUGUAACCCUGGAUCCCCCUCGUGGACAAAUUGAAUCAGCUGAACGUAACAACCCGGACAAAUAUCCCGAAAAUUUACCUCUAGAUAGACCUCAUUUUAGUCAGGAUCGAGAUUAUAGUUACAAUAACCAACCUAACAUGCAUUCAAGGUAUGAUGCGAUACGAGACUUCCCACCAACUAACGACUAUGGUCCAAGAGAUACAUACUUGAAUAACCGAGUUGACUUGGGACAUAGAUCUUAUCGCGAUGAUUACGAUUAUAGUAGGCACCCGCCAUCGGUUACUUCUGAAGACAACUUCGUCCCGAGAGGCAAAGACAAUGAAGGCAAAAGUAGUCCAAGGGACUCUUAUGCUGAUCCUUAUUCUGCGCUACACGUCUCGGAUGGUAUGACGAUAGAUUAUGAUAAGUAUCGUGCACAAUCUCCUAGAGUAUUCAAUGAUCGGUUCCCUCCACAUGAUAUUCAAUCACGUGAAUUUGGUCAUGGAAAUACCCACCCGUUUCCAUCAGAAUUUAGAAGUGGCCCGGGUCAUCCGCUUGAUCGUGAAACUGCAUGCACUGAUUCUAGGUUGCAAGAGGAACGCGAUUUUUCUGUUAGACCUCCGUGGCUCAACGAUAAUGCACCCGUUUCAGGACCAAAGCGUCCAUUCCAGCAUCAGACUUCAGACUUUGAAGAGUACCCACGAAAACGUCGACCACAACCCUCAUCAUAUACUCGCCCAUCUGACAUAGUGCCUGGAGAAACUGAUUACGUACUAAGAGUUUGUUUGCCCGCCCCAGAAGCUGGAAUAAAGACUGUUUUCGAAGUUUUACGUGGCGUCCAAGUUGUUCCAAAAUGGGGUAUCCGGGUUGAAGAAGAUUUGCUACAACGUCCCACUGGGUAUGUGUUUAUAAUGAUGACAACUCGUGAUUCGUAUGAACGAGCACUCAGUUUUAAUAAUCGUCCUCACAAAGGAGACGUGAUAAAAGUAGUCAAAUGCACUCUAAGUGAAUUUUACAGUGUUAGUGAUACAAACUUUACUUCAAAAUGCCCUCCAGAGGUUGCCAAAAAACUUCCACCACCUGAUCAGUUCUACCCUCCUCAUUACAACGAUGGUUGUCUUGAGCUAGCUGAGCUCCCAUCUGAUACCACCAAGACAGAAGUAGUUCGGUUUUUGGGUGCUCCUGGUCUAACUUGUGAAAAUGUUGUACUGGCUCGGUUCCCUCCAAAUGAUAAGUCUGCACCACGCAGUACCAACUUAACUAGGGCACUAGUUACGCUUCCUUCUGCAGAGGAUAUCAAAAUCCUUCUUUCUGCCAAACCACGGCCAUUUCGACCAGAUGUGGGACUUCCAUCAGUGCGCUUAACACCAAUAUCAAAGUUGCAAGUCACUGCUUAUUCAGCCUUAGCGAUCGGUAGUAAAUCUGAAAGUACUAAAGAGCCUAUUAAACCGCCUGUUCCUCGUGAUGUCGAUUCGGAGCCUACUAAACCACCUGGUGGCUUUUUGACAUGUGCUUGUGUCAGUGGGUUUUCUCGCACAGUAAAAGAUUCUGAAGUUCUGAAUCUGUUUCCGUCCAUCCUAAUUCCUGGAGAUGCGGUACGACUGGCUCCUGAUGCUAAUAUUGCUUUCAUUGAUUUCAUUAGUGAAAACAACUGUCGUCGUGCUGUAAAUGAAGCAUCGGCUGAAGGUUCUAAGGCAAAACAGUCACAUCCAUCUCUUCACAUAGAAGCCAUUUCUCGAGAGGAAAUGCUGAACCGUUUGGGUGCCGAUCCAAAAGAUGAACAACUCAACUUUGACAGACCCGGAAGAUCUCGUGACAGAGAUCCUCGGGAAUCCCGCAUCCAUUGGGAUCAACGCCAGCGUCCGUCACCUUCGAAUCCAUUUGAGAGCCGUCCCCCAAGUGUAGGCAGAGCUAAGUACGAUGACUCUUACUAUGACCGCCCCGCUGUACCUGCCCCUUUUGAUGACCAUCACGACUCCUUCCGUAGGUUCCGCCCGCCUGUGGAUAAUUUACAUUCUAUCCCACCACACCAAUCAGAUAUUUCAUCUGUUCCGAGACAACCUGUUCCUCUUCCACAUCGUCGCCCAGUUCCUGACUUUGUUACAGUUUUUGUCGGAAAUCUUCCACCCGCAUGUACAGUUGAUCAACUAGCUGGAAUAAUGCGGGAUUAUUACUUCGUUCCGGGUUCGAUAAGACUACGCCGUGAUCCUCAAGGGCAGUUUGUUGGUGAAGCGUUAGUUGAUUUCAAAACAAGUUACGAAGCUGAUAGGGCGCUCAGAGGACUAAAUGGAUAUCGAGUAGGCGGUCGACCCUUGGUAUUGCAUUUUGAUCACCGGAAGUAACAGUUUCGUGGACAUCGACCGAGGGACCUUAUGGCUUGUGGUGUUCUUUCAGCAUGGAUUCCUCACUAUAUUUCGUUUCAAUUGGAACUGAAUCAAUUCGUGUAUUUUUGUGAAGCAGUAGUCACAGUGUGUAGUUGACAGACUCUAAAUCAGCUUAUUACCAAUUCUUCAGUCCAAUGUGUCUUUUGUGUACAAACCUACUCGAUCGGAAAAGAGCUUUUUUACUAUAGUUGCUCUAUGACUUUUCUACUCGUUUGACCUGUUGUUACCGUUGCCGUUAUGUGAUCGGGUUUUCCUAUUUGGCUCUAAAAUAAAUUCGGUUUGUCUGU